CCCUACUACAACUCAAUGGGCAAAGCGAUCCUGAAAGACCUGUGUUUCUGAUUAUCAUCCCUCCAUUUGGUCCUUUUACUCCUUGCUUAACCUACCUCGAAUUGCUCCUGUUUACCUCCUCUCUCCGAACAAACUGUAUGCAUGCCUGACUUCAAGAUCUCCGCUUCUUUAGAAGGCCACGGCGAUGAUGUCCGUGCCGUGGCCUACUUGAAUCCCAAUGUGGUGUGCUCAGCCUCUCGAGAUGCGACCGUGCGUUUGUGGAAAGUUGUCUCUACCCCGCCUCCGACAUACGACUACAACAUCACCUCCCACGGCUCGGGCUUCGUCAACACCGUGGCAUAUUACCCACCCACAUCCGACUUUCCAGAGGGCCUCGUGAUCUCCGGGGGACAGGAUACGAUUAUCGAAGCGAAACAACCGGGCAAGACGGCGGGCGAUAAUGCGGACGCAAUGCUGCUGGGCCACGCGGGCAACGUCUGCGCCUUAGAUGUGUCACCGGAGGGUGGGUGGAUCGUAAGUGGGAGCUGGGAUUCUUCCGCGAGAUUGUGGGAGGUAGGCAAAUGGGAAUGCAGGACCGUCUUGGAAGGCCACGAAGGGAGUGUCUGGGCGGUCCUCGCCUAUGACAAAGAUACCAUCAUCACCGGCUGCGCGGAUAAGAUUAUUCGGAUAUUCAAUACGUCGGGGAAACUGUUGGGGAGUAUCAAGGACUCGAAGGAUGUGGUCCGAGCCCUGUGCAAGCUGCCCGAGUCUCAUCCCUCGGGAGCACAAUUCGCCUCUGCCAGCAACGACGGGAUAAUUCGACUCUUUACCCUCAAGGGAGACCUCGUUGCCGAGUUACAUGGUCACGAAAGCUUCGUGUACUCCAUUGCCGUUCUGCCGUCGGGCGAGUUGGUGAGCUCAGGAGAAGACCGGACAGUGAGAGUCUGGAAUGGCACACAGUGUGUGCAGACGAUCACGCACCCAGCUAUUUCAGUCUGGAGCGUCGACGCGUGCAAAGACAAUGGCGAUAUUGUGACCGGAGCAAGCGACCGUAUUACUCGAAUUUUCACCAGAAGCGAGGAGCGAGUUGCCAGCCCAGAGGUCGUUCAGCAGUUUGAGCAGACGGUGAGAGAAUCGGCAAUACCCGAGCAGCAGGUCGGGAAGGUGAAUAAAGAACAGCUUCCCGGCCCAGAUUUCCUCAAGCAAAAGUCAGGCACCAAGGACGGACAAGUGCAGAUGAUACGCGAGGACAACGGUAGCAUCACCGCUCACACGUGGUCGGCAGCAUCGCAAGAGUGGAUCCCAGUGGGCACCGUGGUUGACUCCGCGGCCAGCAGCGGGAAGAAGACCGAGUAUCACGGACAGGACUACGACUAUGUAUUCGACGUCGACGUGGAGGACGGAAAGCCACCUCUCAAACUCCCCUUCAACGUCUCGCAGAACCCGUACGAAGCGGCGACGAAAUUCAUCCAGGACAACGAGCUCCCGAUGAGUUACCUCGACCAGGUCGCACAAUUCAUCGUCCAAAACACACAGGGGGCCACUCUGGGCCAACCCACUCAAGAAACCGCGCCGGGUGCGGACCCUUGGGGCCAGGAGAGACGCUACCGCCCAGGCGAGGCAUCCGAGCCACCAUCGGUCCCCGAAUCCCGCCCCACGGUCCUCCCGCAGAAGACAUACCUAUCCAUCAAGGGCGCCAACCUCAAGGUGAUCGCUAAGAAGAUCCAAGAAAUCAACGACCAUCUUGCCUCGUCCGGAUCGAAGGAUGUGUCCUUGAGUCCCCCCGAAGUUGAGACGGUGGUCGCUCUGUGCGGGCAACUAGAGAAACCAGAGAGUCUCACCAAGUCGCCCGCGGUGGAAAGCGGGCUUGAAUUACUUUUCAAGAUUGCGACGACAUGGCCACCCGCAAACAAGCUACCCGGCUUAGACCUGCUGCGUCUCCUCGCGGCAGCGACUCCGGUGACCGCAACAGCAGAUUACGACGGCAAGGAUCUCAUCUCCGGGAUCCAAGCCAGCGGCGUGUUCGAGUCGCCGCUGAACGUGAACAACGCCAUGCUGUCGGUGCGAAUGCUCGCCAAUCUAUUCGAGACGGAUGCAGGCCGUCGUCUCGCGGUCAGCAAGCUCGAGCAGAUCAUGCCAGCAGUGAAGUCCGCACUAGCCGACAGCGGAGCGACGCCCAACCGCAACCUGACCAUCGCCGUCGCAACCCUCUACAUCAACUACGCCGUCUACUUCACCACCGAGGGCCGAGCCUCAGACCCAGAGUCCUCAGAAAUGGGCCUCCAUCUCCUCGCCGAGCUAGUCCAGAUGAUCGCCGGCGAGAAGGACUCGGAAGCAGUCUACCGCAGUCUCGUGGCGCUGGGGACCCUGAUCACAGCGCUAGGCGAAGAAAUCAAGAGCGCGGCGCGGCAGGUGUACGACGUGCGGAACGUCCUGGACAGUGUUGCUACGUCUGGGAUUGGCAAGGAGCCGCGGGUGAAGGGCAUUAUCAACGAGAUCAGAGAGUCAAUGUAG